UCAAUCUUACUUUGAAGUUUAAACCGAUCAUCUCUUCUCCUCCUUCACCUUUAAGCGGUUUUGGAGCAUGGUGAACGGCGAUAGUCGGGGGAGCAUUGACGGCGACAGGCGGUGAAGGGAGUGUCUACUCCGGGUAAAGCAGCUUCGAUCAUUUUUCCUCUAGAAAAUACUCUUUCUGCAGCACUAGGGUUUGCUUUCCUUUAUCGAUAUCUUGUGCCAAGGUCAUGUCGGAACUGCUAGAGAGUAGUAAUAGGAAAGUGGUGGAUCGUUAUCUGAAGCGCGGAGCUCUUGGUGAAGGUACAUAUGGUGAGGUCUUCAAAGCUAUCGAUACUAAGACAGGACAGGUAGUUGCCAUUAAGAAAAUUCGCCCUGGGAAGCAGGAAGAAGGUGUGGAGUUCACUGCCUUGAGGGAAAUCAAACUAUUGAAAGAGCUAAAGGAUCCUAAUAUAAUUGAAUUGACCGAUGCCUUUCCUCGUGAUGGGAACUUGCAUCUUGUGUUUGAGUUCAUGGAGACCAAUUUGGAAGCUGUCAUUCGUGAUAGAAAUAUAGUUCUCUCGCCUGCAGAUAUAAAGUCAUAUCUGCAGAUGACACUAAAGGGACUUGCAUUUUGCCAUAAAAAGUGGGUCUUGCAUAGGGAUAUGAAACCAAACAACUUAUUAAUUGGACCUAAUGGCCAGCUCAAGCUUGCUGACUUUGGGUUAGCCCGUUUAUUUGGCAGCCCAGACAGAAGAUUUACUAAUAAGGUCUUUGCCACAUGGUAUAGAGCACCAGAGUUAUUGUUUGGUGCCAAGCAAUAUGGAUCUGGAGUUGACAUAUGGGCUGCUGCUUGUAUUUUUGCCGAACUACUUCUACGAAGACCCUUUCUGCAGGGGAACAGUGACAUUGAUCAGCUGGGAAAGAUUUUUGCAGUUUUUGGUACCCCAAAACAAUCCCAGUGGCCUAACCUGAUUUACCUGCCUGAUUAUGUGGAGUUCCAAUAUGUUCCAGGACAGCCUCUGCGCACUCUAUUUCCUUUGGCUAGUGAUGAUGCUCUAGAUCUAUUGACAAAGAUGUUUCUGUAUGAUCCGAAAGCUAGGAUUUCAGCACAGCAGGCAUUGGAACACCGGUACUUUUCAUCUCUCCCUCCACCAACUGAGCCAGCUUUGCUCCCGAGACCUCCACCGAAGCGGGAUUCAGAAAACCCAGUUUCAGAUUUUAAUCUGCAAGAUGGACCUGUUGUAUUAUCUCCAACAAGAAAGUCAAGGAGAGUGAUGCCUACUCGUGAGGGAUUUGAGGGAAAUGCCACAUAAGCGGAUAAGAGAUGUCGAUGGGAAUGAAUUCAUAUGAGUGAGCAGGCUCUCCUAUCAUCCUAUGUCCUUGGAUUUCUCAGUCUUUGAGGUGGAACCAUCUUCUAGGCCAACAAUUAACAGCCUUGCAGGAGCCUCUUCAUUAAUAUGAGCCAUACUGAUGUCACUCUCAAUCUUGUGUUCAUUCAUGCAACAAUUGAACAGUUCAUACAUAAUUUCGAAUUGAAAAAGAAAAGAAAAAUGUUCCA